ACUUGGCAUUCAGCAUUCUAAAACCUUUUAGUAUUUACCAAUUAUUACUAUUAAUAUAAUAAUAAAAAAAAUCAUAAGUAAAUAUGUUACCGUCAUUAAAAUGCAAUUUGUACACUACAACCAUAUUUUUUAUUUUGAUAUUAUAGACAGUGUUGAUAUAUAAAUAACAGUAUAAAAUCUGCUGGUGUCUAUUUGAUUGCUACAGCCAGUAAUACACACGUAUACUGUAUUGUACCAUUAGAGUGUUAUAUUUCACAAUGAGAAGAAGUCAUGCACCUUCCAAACAAUUCCCAUUCGUACCCAAAGAGGAUAUUGAUAAAGGCGUAAAAGUAGUACGCACACCAUCGGAAAUUCUUGCCCUUAUUAACUCCUGUGGCAGUUCUGAACCUAAACCUGACAGUACUCAGAAGUUUGACAAUUUUGAUCUUGACUUUGAUGAACCUACCAUAUCGCCGGUUAAGCCUGUGCUGGAACAGAAAGAACUUCAUCAAUCGGACAACAAAGUUAUUUUUGAUUCUACGGAUGUCGAUAACUUUGUUUCGAAUAACAUUAAGUUGCCUUCAAUACACAAUAAGGCUAUUAUAAAUUGUAACAAACCAUCUCUAUCUCAUGAUAAUCAUUCAGAAAAUCAUUCCAAUACAUCACUACCGACAAUUCCUGUUAACGUUUUACAAAAUGCUGCAAAGAGAAAAUUGAAACCUUUAGCUCCAAGGACAUUUAAACCUUUAGCUCAAAUAGCUGCUCAUGUGUCUACAUCAAAAUGUCAAGAAGAAAAUAAGAACAAAGCGAACAGUCAGUCAACCAACGUACAAAACGCUAAGUACAAUGUUACGUGGGGCAAACAGACGCAAAAGAAACACAAGACUUGGGAGGGAGAUGGAUACUUAAUUGUUGAAGAAAAACUUGCUGUCCUCACUGAUAUUGAAGGUAGACGACUGGGCAGUACUACUAAUUUGAAACUUUCAGACUUAGAAGACGGUUCAAUUAUUUCUGUUGGUAGUAAAUUAGUACAAGUUUUAGAUUUGGUGGAAAAAUCAAAAAGUAAUCAAGUUAAAACACUGGUCGAGCCUGUGUGUUCGUCAAUUCCUCGAAAAAAACCUAAAUUGUCUUUAGAUAUUGCUAGUUCUCCCGACGCAUUAGUCAUGCCUGAACCUGACAUAGACCAUCAAUAUGUAUUCAAUAAAUAUAAACAAGAAGUCACUCCAGUAGCGCUCGAAUCAUUCUUAGCAAAAUGUUUGAGGCCACACCAACGAGAAGGAAUAAUAUUUUUAUACUGUUGUGUUGUUGGGCUAAAACAUCCUGAUUACUUUGGUGCUAUACUUGCUGACGAAAUGGGCCUCGGCAAGACGAUCCAAACCAUAUCAUUGAUAUGGAUGUUACUCAAACGCGGACCUUAUGGUGGAGAACCGUUAGUCAAAAGAGUAUUGAUAGUUACACCGAGUAGUUUAGUUGGCAAUUGGCAAAAUGAAUUUGUUAGGUGGCUGGGACGAGAUAGACUAAGGCUUUUUGUUAUUGAUCAAAAAAGAAAACCUUCGGAAUUCUUGCAAUUGCCAGCCAGGAAUUAUCCAGUUUUGAUAAUAUCGUAUGAUAUGUUAAUUCGUUAUAUUGAGGACAUUGAAAAAAUAGGUUUUGAUUUAAUAGUUUGUGACGAGGGACACAGGUUAAAGAAUAAUGCUAUAAGAACAUCAACGGCCUUAAACCAAUUGCGAUGUAAACGACGCAUAUUGUUGACUGGAACCCCUAUACAGAACGAGUUGCAGGAAUUUUUUGCGCUUGUUGAUUUUGUGAAUCCUGGAAUUUUGGGAACUUAUUCUAUGUUUAAACGAGAGUUUGAAGAUAAGAUUGUCGAAUCUCAACAGCCGGAAUGUCACCCUCAACAAAUGGCUGUUGGUAGACAAAAAGUAACCGAACUCAAUGAAGUAACAGAAAAAUUUAUUUUGCGAAGAACAUCGGACAUCAACAACAAAUAUUUGCCUACGAAAUACGAGUCUGUAGUGUUUUGUUCUAUGUCAUUAUUUCAGUCACGUUUGUACGAAGAAGCGGUGUCUUUUUGGGAAAAUCGCGUUCAAGAAUAUGGUAUGAGCACUAUUUCUCAUUUCAGCGUAAUAACAACAUUAAAGAAAAUAUGUAAUCAUCCAGAUAUAGCUUUAAACAAUAAAGGCAUUAGUGAUACGACCGAAGAGACCAUGAGUCAGCACUUGAAUAAAAUUAUAUCUUCUAGAACUUCGUUAACCGAAAGCUCUGGUAAACUCAUUGUAAUUGAUAACUUACUAAAGCAACUGCACAGAAAAGGCUCGGAAAAAACUGUUUUGGUGUCUUAUUAUACUCAGACUCUAGAUGUGUUUGUUAAAUUGUGUAAUUUAAGAAGUUAUAAAUACUUAAGACUCGAUGGAUCCACGAUCACUUCUCAGCGAACAGAUAUGGUCAAGAAAUUUAACAGCUCUAGCUCAGAAUACACUAUUUUAUUAUUAAGUGCAAAAGCGGGAGGUGUAGGUUUAAACCUCAUCGGUGCUUCGAGAUUAGUGUUAUACGACUCUGAUUGGAAUCCCGCAUCAGAUCAACAGGCCAUGGCACGUAUUUGGCGAGAUGGACAAACCAAAAAUGUACACAUUUAUAGGCUACUUACUUGUGGUACUAUCGAAGAAAAGAUAUUUCAAAGACAAAUUAGCAAGACGGGUCUAAGUGAAGCUAUUACGAAUCCGGAAAGCCAGAACAACACAAGAUUGUCGUACGACCAACUUAGAGAUUUAUUUAGUUAUCAAAAAGACACAUCGAGCUUGACCCAUGAUUUACUAGAGUGUGAUUGUAACGGUAGUGGCCAAGUGCCAGGCAAUAUUAUCCAAGAUGAUUGCGACAAUGAAAAAUCUGAAGCUCCGUUGCGUGUCAAUCAACUGAUGCAGUGGGAACAUCAUUCAUCACCUUUCCGUGCAGGUGUUUUAGAGCACAUGUUUUUAAUCUAGGUUCUAGAUAAAUAACUACAAAUUGUAACUCAAAUGAGUUUUGGUAAAACUAUGGUAAACAGCUUUUGUUAAAAUUUGAAUAUUUGUGGUCCGAACCCUAGUUAUAUUUAAACAUUGCCCUUAUAUCCUUAUAUUAAAGAUAAGAAAUAUGUUAUAUUUUUAAUACUACCGACAUACGUACUGUAUAAUUUUAAAUACAGUUAGUAUGAUUGCCGGCGAUCAUAGGGAGGUUUAAAUGUAGAAUAAAUAAAAAAUAUAUAAUAAUAACUUCAAAAAAAAAUUAAAAUAGCUAUUUUUAUCAUUAGUUUUUUUAAUGUUGACUGGUUGAACAAGUUUUGAAUAAAUACUUUUGAUGAUAUAGCAUUUAAUUUAAAUAUA